AUUAAGAAACUUGUCGUUGAAAAGAGUGCAAAUUUUUGAGUUAUAUUUGCGUCCAAAUUUGCAGCAUAAGUCGAAAUGCCAAAUACUGACAGCGAAGUUGAGUAUUUAGAGAAUACUGUACACUAUCAAGAUCCGGACAGAGAGAGAGGAGGGGGUAAACAUGGCAGCACGCGUACUCGUAAAGCAGAAGCAGAAGAAAAUUUUGAUGAUGAACCCGAUGAAACAAUAUCGGAACGUUUAUGGGGUUUAGCGGAAAUGUUUCCCGAGCCAUUACGCGAAUUUACCUGCGCAUUGGUAUGCUUGACGACUAGAGGCGUCAGGAGCAUUUACCGGUUUUCAUGCAGUGCUUCGUGGAUUUUUUUCACAACGUCGAUAAUACUUUUUGCUCCAGUCAUAUUCGAAACGGAACGGGCCCAAAUGGAGGAAAUCCAAAAACAAGAACAAAAGCAAGUAUUACUGGGUCCCGGCUCAGCCAUGACGGGUAUUAGCGGACCCACACGGAUAUGACACAAAUGCGAUACAAAUCUUUAAAUGUGAUAAAAUUUAUGUGUUAUAUUUUAAAACAAAUCAAAAGAAAACAAUACGACAUCUUUCACCUAGAAAAGCAAUUUUUUGAUCCAGUCUACUAGUAUGCUUGAAGAAGUUAAAUUUGUUAAUGAUUAAAUGAGCAAUGGUUUAAUGGUUUAAAAAGAAAAAAACAACUAGGACGAGGAAUAGUUCCCCAAAGCAUAGGCAAUUCCUUGGUCCGUAGGACGUUUCCUAUCGCCAAUUCCCGACGUAGCAAAGUCAACAAGCCGAGUACAAUCACACACAAUCUCCUGGAAUGUUCUGUUACCUUGAUUAGCAAGCAACAGGUCUCUCUUUAUAUGACGAAUUUUCUUCGUCAAUACUCUUCUUCUGCCGACAACUGCGAAUCGUAGCUCUUGGUAAGAAAGUGGAAAGAAAAUUUAAGAUAAAUUCUUUAAUGUUUAUCAUGGAGUACACAUGGGUCAUCGAAGAAUUCUGCAUUAAAUAAAUUGCAUUAUAUUUCGGCAAAUAGAAAAUCCCUCGAUAUCAUUUCUUAUGAACUGAAUAUUUGCAAAAUAGGCUAAAGCUAUGUUAUCUUAAGUUACCGUUUGGAGGCCCGCAAAGAAAGAGUCGCGCCUUACACGGACCGAAUGUGGCUUUGUUUGCUGAUUUUCUUCCAUUCUUCAUUUUCAAUUUUGUCAUACCUUGACUCUCUUUGCUGCUGUCGAUGCCUAUAGACACAGAUGAAUUUGAUGAGACUUCAACUACUCCAUUGGCAAGACUUAAAAAAUAUGCAUUAAACAUUGCGUAAACUACAGGUAGCAUUCCUGGCCAGUACGAGAUUCUGAAUUGGUUUACUCACUAUCCUCUGGAAUUUUUUACCAUUUCUCUGUGUCACAGAACACAACUUGAGACAAAAAUAUAAAACCUACCGCAUCGGUUCACGAUUCAUUUACUACUUCGUAUUUUUUUGCGAGUCAGCAAACCAACAACAAAUGAUUUACUGAGCUCGAGGCAAAAUGGGUUCAAUAGGUUUACGGUUCUCGUUAUCAAGUUAGCUCACGUUACCAAACACACACUAACGAUAGUUGUUUGAAUCGAUGGUACAAAUAUAUAAUUUUAAAUCGUGAAAAAUUCAUAUGUUAUCGACUCACUACUCGUUA